GCCGGUUCGCGCGGCUCCGUGCGGGGAGUGCAGGGGUUCGCUGCGCGCCUGGCCGGAGCGGAGGGAGCCGCAUCCCGAGGGAGCGAAGGCGAUAGCGCGGCAGCAUGAAGUUCCAGUACAAGGAAGACCACCCGUUCGAGUACAGGAAAAAAGAAGGGGAGAAAAUCAGGAAGAAAUACCCCGACAGAGUCCCUGUAAUUGUGGAAAAAGCACCAAAAGCCAGAGUACCCGACCUAGACAAAAGGAAGUAUCUUGUGCCUUCCGACCUCACAGUUGGCCAAUUCUACUUCUUAAUCCGAAAGCGGAUCCACCUGAGGCCAGAAGAUGCCCUGUUCUUCUUUGUCAAUAAUACCAUCCCUCCCACCAGUGCUACCAUGGGCCAGCUGUAUGAGGAUAACCAUGAGGAGGACUAUUUUCUCUAUGUGGCCUACAGUGAUGAGAGUGUCUAUGGCAAGUGAGCACCAGCCCCCCAGGCAUGCAGGCGAGAUGGACUGAUGAAAUGGAUUUGUGGGGGGGACGUUGAGGAGGAAGAAGGAGAAUGCCUGAGAAAAGGGGAGGAGAACUGGAAGUGAACCACAUGCACAAUGCCAUCACCUUCCAUGCAUUAAUUAUAACCAUUAUUUUUUAAAUUGAGGGGAGGGAGGUUAGGGAGAUGGUUUUUGAAAGGUUAACAAGGGAUUCUGUGCUGAGGGAUGGGGAGACCACUGUUCGUAGUUCUUCUCUUGCCACAGCUGGAAGUAGUUAGCUAGUAAUGGAGGCUGCUAGGCAAGCUAGUGUGGUGGAAUUCUAGGAAAGCGUCUGGGCACGAUGGCCCUUUUGGUGUAACCCUUUCAUUGGAUGAAGAAGGCAUGCCGUAUAUUGUACACUGACCUUGUCACGCCCUGCCCAUGGCAUCGGCUGCACUCUUAGGAGCAUUUGGUGUGUUGUGAAGUACUUCACUCUGCUGACACAACACUGUCCUGUGCUGACAGUCUUCACUCCAGCUGCUACCUGUGAAGCAUUCCAAGAGUAUUGUAUUUCCUGUUGCUUCCUUCAGUAUUAGAAAGGCUAACUCUGAGGGCUGGGAACUCCUCAGCUGUGAAACGUGAAGGUUGGGUAAAAGAAGGAAGAAUCAUUUUUUUCCUUUGUUGCUUUAAUUGCAAGUGCUGAACAAAAAUAUUAGAUACUACUCUCUUGUGUUUUUCAGUGAAGUCUAUUGAUAAACUCGUAAGCACAGGGCUAGAAAGGGCCUCAAGGGAAUGACUAGUCCACUCCAGUUCUGAGGCAGGACUGCGUAUGCCAAAUUUUCACCAUGGCUGCUUAUCAAACUUGUUCUUGGUAAACUUCACUGAGGCAGAUUCUGGAGGUUGCUGAGAUUGUCUGUUGAGUUCCUAGCUAGCCUACAAGUAAGAGAGCUUUUCUUGCUACCUAACUUUAGUCUUCUUUGCUGUGCAUUAGGGCAACUAACUACUAAUGGUCUUGUGAUUUGUCAACACAGAAAAUUAUCUAUCAGCAUUGUCCUUGCACCAGUCUUCUGCAGAUUUUAAGAUGGCAGAAAUCCUGUGAGAUUAGCCCUCCCUUCCAUGUCUCAUCCCUGUACAACCCUUGGACCACAUGCACAAGCGGAAGAAAUCAGUCGUUCACACUGUGUUUUACUGUUUUUUUGUGAUUAGACAGCAGUGCCACUCUUUACCACAAGAGACUUUCUGAAGAGCUUUGAGACUUGAAAUAUAGAUUCUCUGUAGAUUUUUUUUUUAAAUUAUUUUGUUUUAAGCUAGUGUUGUUCUUAGAAAGGUUCCAUACAGAUGCUGUCCUUUGCAAGCUUUAUGCCGUCAUGCCAAAGUAGUUUCUUCCCAGCGGCGCAAAGAGCAGAUAUUCCCAUAACUGCCAUAACUCUGAUGAAGGGAUGAGGUCUGGGGAGUGAGCUGACUCUCAGGAAAAUUCAGGGGGUUUAUCUAAAAAACAGAGAACUGGACCUGAAUUACUGUGAACAUUCCUACAUUUAAGAAAGGAACCAAGAGGGAGGAAAAGACAAGACAGAUGAAGACAGGCUGCUUCCAAAAUAAGUUGAAGGUGUUUGCUCUAUCUACAUGAAGUUAGAUUCCAGUUCCCUGCAUUCCUUGGGAAUGUGAAAUCAAAAUUAAUGCUCCUCUGAUUGUAAGAGACUGGAAAUCCGGUUUCAGCCUUCUCAGACUAUUGUUCCACAGCGACACACAAGGCAGAAGAGCAGGCUGGGAGUGUGAAGUGGGAGGCACUGGCAGAACUGUAUGAACGCCAGUGAAGGGAGCUUAGUGUGGCAGUUUUUCAUCCUGAACUUCAGGUUUUCCGUUCCAUCAUGUAUUCAUCUGGAAUAAAUAUGUUUGGAUGAGUUGCACCUACUGCCAACCUACAUUGCUUCAGUUUCUGCCUGCACUGCUCAGUUCUAUCUUUUUGGCUGACUCUCUUCCAAUUACCAGGCUCUUUUCAUGUCCUUUGGGUGCAAAUCCACAUCAGUCUCUUGGUUUAGGAAGCUCUGUGUGUUCAUAAGCACAGAACAGCCCCAGAAGACUUUCUAGACUAAAAGACAAGACGCAAACAGAUGGUGUGCCGGUGUCCCACUAGCUCACUUGUGUGCUGCCAAGCACGUGGUUCUAUAUUGCCUCAAAUGAGCCUGUGCUUAGGUACACUCGGGAAAGAAAGAGCAUAUGGGGUGCUUGGUUUUGUGUUAAGAUAUCCCCUCCCCUCCUGCUGCUGGGUCUGUAAGUGACAUGUGUGGGACUAAGCUCAACCAUUUGUUACCUGUAGAAUUAACAGUUUUAGUUUAGUUAUUUUGUGGUUCUUUUAACUGGAUUGUGGCAUUUACUUCUGUUUUUGCACUAGUCCGGUAUCAUACAAGGUAAUGAUGGUAAUUCUUUUUUGUGUUGGUUAGCUGCAGGUUCCUGUAAAAUAAAGUUCAUAUUACUUGAGCUAAAUCAACCAGUCAAUAAAGACGCAUUUGAAAAUCA